AUGCUGCCACUGGAUGCGACGUGAGAUCAUAUAUUGAGGGCUUCAUCUGAUUUCAGAAAAGAAGAAAGCAAACAAACAUGACAGACAGUACGACUUCUGAUCCAUGCCCUGUUCCCAAUCCGACUAUUGUGGACCCAUCGGCUGUGCGAAACGGACAAUGCGCCGCUGCCCAGGAUCCGAACCAUCCCAAAAGAGGGAGCCAGGGCGAUCCUUUCAAUGUGGACCGGGACCAGGAGAUGAAAAUCACAGAUAGCGUUGAGGGCCAAGGUCUCUUGGAGAGCAGCAUGCGCCUGAAGCCUCAUGAAGCUCAGAGUUACAGGAAGAAAGCUUUGUGGGUGUCCUGGAUCUCCAUUGUGGUGACGCUCAUCUUGGCUGUGGCAGGCUUCACUGUAUCCUUCAUGAGACACAGUGCAUCAGCUUUUGGAUUUGCCUUUGACGCGACGUUAGAUGUUCUUUCCUCCAUUAUAGUGCUGUGGCGCUAUAGCAAUGCUGCAGCGGUGCACUCUGCCCAUAGAGAAUACAUAGCAUGUGUGAUCCUGGGUGUGAUAUUCAUCUUGUCAUCAAUGUGUAUUUUGGGUAAGGCCAUCCAUGAUCUGGCCACCAAACUUCUUCCUGAAGUGGAUGACUUCCUGUUCAGCGUUUCUAUCGUCAGUGGCCUCGUGUGUGUCAUUCUUGCUGUUGUCAAGUUCAUGCUGGGAAGGAUUUUGACCAGCAGAGCCCUAAUCACUGAUGGCUUUAAUUCUAUGGUUGGAAUAUUGAAAAAUAGCUUCAAUAUUAACAGGAAUGAUCCAUAA